UAUCUACUUUUAGAUACUUUGGACUAACAUAGAAGCAAUCUCUGAUCAUAACAACCAUUUGUGCUUUUGUCACACACACACACACACACACUACUACUAUUAGAUCAAUUGAGAUAUCUAGUGAUUUGAGAGGAAAUGGCGACAAUGCUAACAUGGCGAAAAGCAUACGGCGCUCUCAAAGAUCACACGAAAGUUGGGUUAGCUCAUGUUAAUAGUGAUUUCAAGGAAGUUGAUGUUGCGAUCGUUAAAGCUACAAAUCAUGUCGAAUGCCCACCCAAAGAGAGACACAUCAGAAAAAUAUUGGCUGCUACAUCUGCCAUUCGACCUCGAGCAGAUGUGCAAUAUAGUUUACAUGCACUUACAAGACGAUUAGCCAAAACUCGCAACUGGACGGUGGCAUUGAAGACACUGAUAGUUAUCCAUAGGGCGUUGCGGGAGGGUGAUCCUGCUUUCAGGGAAGAGCUUUUGAAUUUCCAACACCGAGGGCAUGUUUUGCAGUUAGCUACUUUUAAAGACGAUUCAAGCCCGAUUGCUUGGGAUUGUUCGGCUUGGGUUCGUACGUAUGGACUGUUCUUAGAGGAACGGCUUGAAUGCUUUAAAAUUUUGAAAUAUGAUAUUGAAUCUGAGCUUUUUACUAGAUCUGCUAAAGGUGAAGAUAAGGGCUAUAGCAAAACACGCGAUUUGGAUAGUGAAAAACUUUUGGAGCAGUUGCCUUCUUUACAGCAGCUAUUAUACCGUCUUAUGGCAUGCAAGCCUGAAGGAGCAGCUAUCGGUAAUUAUGUUGUACAAUACGCGCUAGCUUUGGUACUCAAAGAGAGCUUUAAAAUUUAUUGUGCAAUAAACGAUGGAAUUAUAAAUCUUAUCGACAAGUUUUUCGAGAUGCCAAGACAUGAAGCCAUAAAAGCCUUGGAUAUAUAUAAACGAGCCGGUAAUCAGGCUGAAAGUCUUUCUGACUUCUAUCAAGUCUGUAAACGACUCGAGCUCGCUAGAAACUUCCAAUUUCCUGUUCUUAGAGAGCCUCCACAAUCUUUUCUUGUGACUAUGGAGGAGUAUAUAAGCGAAGCGCCACGGAUGGUACCCGUCACAACAGACGCUUUGGAAUAUCCGGAAAGGCUUAUGCUGACUUAUAAACCAGAAGACAACACUGAAGAUGCAAAUUCGCCUGUUGAAGCUAAACCCGUGCCCGUAGAUAGUUUUUCUGUGUCAAAUGACGAUACUACCCCUGACCCUGACCCUGCACCUUCCCCGCCAACUGUUAACAGCAGCCAGGAUCCCGAUGAUGAUUUACUGGGGUUAACUUUCAAUGCACCAUCAAUUGAGGAAAGCAACGCGUUGGCUCUUGCCAUAGUUCCAACUGAUGCGACAUCAAAUGGAUCCACUGGUGUACAAGCGAAAGACCUUGAUUUAACCGGAUGGGAACUUGCACUAGUCACCACCCCCACCACCGAUAUUUCUUCAUUUCAAGAAAGACAACUGGGUGGUGGAUUGGACUCGCUCACGCUCAACAGUUUGUACGAUGAAGGAGCAUACAGAGCAGCCCAACAGCCUGUUUACGGGUCUCCAGCACCCAACCCGUUUGAAGUAGGGGACCCGCCGUUUAUAGCAGAUCCUCAUAUAGCUAACCCAUUUGGUCCAGCCCAGCAACAACUGAGCUUGACAAUGGGUCCACCCAACCCUUUUAUCGAUUCAGGGUUUGGCCCGUUCCCGGUCAACAAUACGCAUACUCAAGUCACUAAUCCGUUCGAGACGGGUUUGUUAUGAUGAAACUUGUAGAGGAUAUCACCCAAAAAAGGAAGAAAUUGAUUUUUUUUUUUUUUUGGUUUGGUUGUGGGUUUUGUUUUGUUACUUAGGGUCAUAUGGUCCUAAGAUCUUGUAACAUGCUUGCUUUUGUGGGUUUUUUUUUUUUUUUUUUGAGGAAAUAUAAUCUUGUUUUGGUUGUUAUUUGUUAGAUAUUGAAAUCUACUUUUUUUCA